AACUGAGCACUCUUUAAUUACUUCCUCUUCCCCUACGGUGAUGCCCCCUGUGCGCUCCACAGCAUAUACUCUUUUGGACAUGGACUUAACAGGACUGGAAUCAUUGUUGGAACCACAACCACCACCACCUCGAACUCUACAGCAACCACAACUUGGAUCUGAAAUCUCAAUAAAGGAGUUUAAAACAAUUAUGGAAGACACAAAAACCGAUUUUAAAAGAGAAAUAAAAGACAUGAAGGACAUAAUAAUAAAAAGUGUGGGAGAAUUAAUUCAAGCCCAAAGUCAAGGUCAUUAUGAACACCUGGAUGCGCAAAUGGAAUAUUUUCUUUCACAAACAAAAACUUCUUUUGGUUGGAGAUUGAAACACCAACAAUCUGAGUUGUUAAAAGAGUUUGAAUCUCUGCUCACCCCAAUCACAGAGAGCAUUUCCACCCUGAAAGAAGAGGUUUCACGCCUGCAUGGGGAGAUCUCGACCUGUCAAGCUACAAUCACAACUAUGUCAAAAGAAAUUGUUACAAAAAUUCAGCUUUGUCAGCAGACCACACCAGUGGAUGAAACUGACCAGACCCUGUAUCAAGACAUUCCAGAUCCAAUGACACACAUUAAUAAASCGCGAAUGGAAUCCACGGUUCGACCUGGGUUAACAGGAGCCCGAAUGACGACAUGUGGCAAUACCUUUGCACUAAACAGGACUCGGGACUUGGGAAAAAGUCCUGUAAAAUUGUUGUUUCCAACAUAUGGCAAAUUUGGAGAUCCUUCUGAUCCUUUGCAAUACCUGGAACGGUGUGAGGAUUAUUUGGCAUUGAAUGCUUUYACAGAUGAAGAACUUAUGGCUACAUUACGGAAUGUGCUGCACGGAACAGCCAGAGAUUGGUGGGAUGUAGCCAGGCACCGCAUAAAUACCUGGGCUGAUUUUCAGAGACAGUUUCAAGCUGCUUUUCUUUCUGAGGACUACGAAGACGAGUUAGCAGAAAGAGUAAGGACCCGAGUUCAAGGAGAAAARGAGAACAUCAGGGAUUUCAUAUACAUGUACCAGUCUUUGUGCAGACGAUGGAAACCACAUAUGGAGGAAGAAGAUAUUGUCAAGUUGAUUUUGAAAAACAUUGAUCCCUCAUUGGCCAGUCAGCUAAGAAGUAGCCGAGUAARGACUGUGGAUGAACUUGUUCGUCCAGGGCAACAACUGGAGAAAGAUAGAGACAAUCAACAACAAUAUGACCAUCGGAAACAGACCAAAAUAUUAUCUAAACCAGUGGAGCAUAGACCUCCUCAGCCUGACAACACAGCAAGACAAAAACGACCCAAUUAUAACCAGAAUCAUAACCGCCCCACUCAACCAUUUUGUUGGCYUUGUAAGGAUAAUCACCCUCCUGCAACCUGCCCAUGGGGUGGAAGUAAUAGACCUCCUGCARCCUCAAACUCUUCCCAACCAACUAAUAAUACAACACUCAUCUUGUCAGCUCCUGGCUCAGCGACACUUGGAUCUCUCACAAACACUAGAUUUCCCAGUGAACGUCACUCUAUGCCUACUUCUUCCACAAACCCUUUACCAAGCCA